AUGUGUGUAUGUUUGUGAGUGAGAGAGUGAGUAAAGCUUAGUGUGUGUGUUUUCUUUCUGCCAUAUAUAGGGGCAAACUUACUUCAAGGCGAGGUUGUGUGUUAUAGUCUAUGAUCUAUCUGCAGACCUCUCUUUCUUUCUAUCAUUCUUUCUUCUAUGCCCUCGGGACUAUAAGGAGCUCUGCAUACUUGGCCUGCUUUAGCCAAAGUUGGAGGAAAAUUAUUGAGCACUUGAUAGAUUAUUUUGUCCUGUUGAUUUCGAAGAUCUGUUCAGUUGCUGGCAAACAUGGAAGGAAUGAAUGACGCUCAUGAUGACGGAUCCUUCAUGUUCACCUCAGAGUCUGUGGGAGAAGGGCAUCCAGAUAAAAUCUGUGACCAAAUCAGUGAUGCAGUUCUUGAUGCACACUUGAAGCAGGACCCGGAUGCCAAAGUGGCCUGUGAAACUGUUUGUAAGACUGGUAUGGUACUUCUCUGUGGUGAGAUCACAUCUCGGGCCAACGUUGACUACCAGAAGAUUGUGCGAGACACCAUUAAACACAUUGGUUACGACAACUCUGAAAAAGGUUUCGACUAUAAAACCUGCAAUGUGCUGGUGGCUCUUGAGCAGCAGUCUCCUGAUAUAGCGCAGGGUGUCCACGUUGACAGACAUGAGGAAGAUAUUGGAGCUGGAGACCAGGGGCUCAUGUUUGGCUACGCCACUGAUGAGACGGAGGAGUGCAUGCCACUCACCAUUGUCCUCGCUCACAAACUCAAUGCCAAAAUGGCUGAGCUGCGGCGGGAUGGCACCAUCCCAUGGCUCCGCCCAGACUCAAAAACUCAGGUCACUGUGCACUACAAGCAGGAGAAUGGCGCUGUGAUUCCUUUGCGUGUCCACACAGUGGUCAUCUCCGUCCAACAUGAUGACUACAUUUCACUGGAGGAGCAGCAGCGUAUUCUGAAGGAGAAGGUCAUCAAAGCUGUGGUGCCAGCAAAAUAUCUCAACGAUAAGACUGUCUACCAUCUGCAGCCAAGUGGACGCUUUGUCAUCGGAGGGCCUCAGGGAGAUGCUGGUGUCACAGGUAGGAAGAUUAUUGUGGACACAUAUGGUGGAUGGGGGGCUCAUGGUGGUGGAGCAUUCUCUGGAAAGGACUACACCAAGGUGGACCGCUCUGCUGCCUAUGCUGCACGCUGGGUGGCUAAGUCUCUGGUGAAGGCCAAACUGUGCAGAAGAGUGUUGGUUCAGGUGUCUUACGCCAUUGGAGUCGCCUACCCUCUCUCAAUCUCCCUUUUCACCUACGGCUCAUCAGAAAAAACAGAGAAGGAGUUGCUACAGAUUGUCAACAAGAACUUUGACCUCCGACCAGGUGUCAUUGUUAGGGACCUGAACCUGAAGAGACCGAUCUACCAGAGCACCGCCUGCUACGGUCAUUUUGGCCGAUCAGAGUUCCCCUGGGAGAUGGCCAAGAGUCUCAAGGUUUAAACUGAGAGGCGCGCGAGUCUUACCUUCAGUCAUUCAGUCGCUCUUUCCUCCAGCGCUCCUCUCUCAGCUUAUUUAAAUUCUCUUCCCGCAUAUGCUACAUUUCAGAUUAGACGAAUAUAUACUGUAAAUGUCAAGAUUGAUAAAUUAAAUCCGUUUUUUUACUUAGAAGUCUAUCGUGAAAGGAUCCCUCACAACUGUUUCACCGCAUCAGCACUCAUGACAAUCUAUCAUUCCUUCAGUGUUGCCAACUAAUUUUCAGGGGAAGUUGCUAAAGGCAGAUCGAUUUGUUGCUAAAAGUUGCUAAACGGCGUUGUGAUGUCAUUGCGUGAUGACGUCAUUGCAUAACCAUGACACAAAACAGCGUUUUUACGUAGAAUACACGAGAUUACUCAAAUCUCAACGAAAAAUAUUUUUUUAAUGGUAUUUGUUCAUAUAAUAUUAUAAACAUAAAAUAUUUAAGUUUCUAAAAGUAACAUAAGUAACAGUUUUAUGAUCGGAUUUUUUACAGCAUUGAAUUAUUGAAGUUACACAUUUUAUGUAUUUUCUUAUUAACUAGUAAAACUGCACAUUCUGAACAGUUUUUCUUACAGUGAACCUAACUGAACAACAAUUAUAUAUACAAGCUAAUAACAUGCUGUAUCAUAAAUGUGCAUUUAUUAUUGACCAAUUGGAACUAGCAACUUAAUGCACAUUUGAUGUUUGUACAUCUUUCUCCAGCUCUCUCCAGGUUGAUGUGCUGCUUGGCUGGCUAGCUGUUCAAUGGUUUCCUCUUUUUGUGUAAUUUAGAUGAAAAUAUGU